ACCGCGGACCACGUUCGGCCUCCCUUGCUUCAGUUGCGCGCGACUCGGGUUGGUGUGAGUGAGACAGAACAGGGCACAGAUCGCCAAUGGCCUCGAUUUAGACGUGAUAGGGAUAUCCCAUAUCUGAGGGCCACAUACUCUCUCCCUUGAAAGCCCAGCUGGCUUUCCCUACUUGUACUUCAACCUCGCACAAGCCUGACUCGCAAUCGAACCCGAACCUUAAACUCUCUUCGAGCUCCCGACACCGACCAGUCCGCACGACUUUCCUCAACCUCUCUCACACGCACACAACUAAACGACAAGCCAAUUUACAACAGAGAUACCGUUCCGACCGUCGAAAUGACUCAACUCAACGGCCAGAACCGGGCGCCGAGCACUUACAGCAAUGGUCACGGCAAGUUCUUCCAGGAUGGAGGUAUAUGGAAGGAGGCGCCCUUGCUCAAGGGCACCACCAAGUUUGAGCCUCUUCCCGAUGUCAAGAACAUCAUGAUCACCGGCGGCGCAGGCUUCAUCGCAUGCUGGCUCGUCCGUCAUCUCACUCUCACUUACCCCGACGCAUACAACAUCAUCUCAUUCGACAAGCUGGACUACUGCUCGUCACUGAACAACACUCGCGUUCUGAAUGAGAAGUCAAACUUCACCUUUGUUCACGGCGACAUCACCAACCCCACAGAAGUCCUCCACUGCCUGAAGCGCUACAACAUUGACACCGUCUUCCACUUUGCCGCCCAGUCACACGUCGAUCUGAGCUUCGGUAACUCAUAUGGAUUCACUCACACCAACGUUUACGGCACCCACGUUCUGCUUGAGAGCGCCAAGAGCGUCAACAUCAAGCGCUUCAUUCACAUCUCCACCGAUGAGGUCUAUGGCGAGGUGAACGAUGACGAUGACGACCUUCUCGAGACCAGCAUCCUCGCACCCACGAACCCUUACGCUGCUUCCAAGGCUGCCGCCGAGAUGCUUGUCCAGUCCUACCAGAAGAGCUUCAAGCUCCCCGUCAUUAUCGUGCGCAGUAACAACGUUUACGGACCGCACCAGUUCCCCGAGAAAAUUAUCCCCAAGUUCAGUUGCUUGCUGAACAGAGGCCAGCCCGUCGUCCUCCACGGCGACGGAAGCCCCACCCGUCGCUACCUGUUUGCCGGCGACGCGGCUGAUGCGUUUGAUACCAUCCUCCACAAGGGCCAGAUGGGUCAAAUCUACAAUGUCGGAUCCUACGACGAGAUCUCCAACAUUGAUCUCUGUAGCCAUCUCCUCAAGGAGAUGAAGAUCCCCUUCUCCACGACGGACGAGUUCAAAAAGUGGGUUAAGUACACACACGACCGUCCCUUCAACGACCACCGCUACGCCGUCGACGGCACCAAGCUGCGCCAGCUCGGCUGGGACCAAAAGACAAGCUUCGCCGACGGCCUUCGUAUCACCGUUAACUGGUACCGCCAGUUCGGCGAGGAGUGGUGGGGUGAUAUCACCUCCGUCCUCACGCCUUUCCCUGUCGUCCAGGGACUGGAUGUGUCUGCGGACCAGGAGCCCGUGGCCGACUCACCGCCUACCCCCGAGUCGAAGAAGAGAAAGGUGAUUGAUGGUGUCAAUGGCACCAAUGGCCACUCUGUCAGAGCAUAGACCACACGCUCAUCAGUGGUCGAGUGGUUGGGAGGGGGACGGAGGGGGAAUGAAUGAGAGACAUGAAAAUUGACACGAGGAAGGGUGUGUUCCUUCAAUUGUUACGAUGUAAAUCCUUUAGAGACGUGCAACAUGGUCUGGCGUAUGGCCAAAGAAAGCUUGGCAAGUUUGCAGAACACAACACACAACACAUUUUUCUGGCUCCGGUUUAUGGCGGGGGCGUAAAAGGCACACAGUAUGGCGGUUCAAUCAUAGAGAGAACAUAUGGUCGAUGGUCGGCAAAUGAAACCUUUUUCUAAAGUCAAGUUCAUGUUUUGAGAUUCAUGUGUGAUGCGUUCCCUUGAUAGAAGCCUGUAUGAGACUUCUUGAUAUUGUGCUUGUUGACGAAUGAUUUUCACCUGGGAAGAAUAGAGGGCCAAGAAAAGACAUGAAAGUGAGGAAGGGUAUGUGCUAUAGCUCAAGGAGCAUGAUCAAGCUGUUC